CACUUGUAUAUUUUUUUUUCCCAGUUCAAAACAGUUUAUUUUAUUUAUUUUUGGAUUUAUCUAAAUUUAAAAAGUCUAAGGCUUUAUCGUUUAAUUUUGAGGUGUGUGGUCUCUACUGGUCCGAAACUCAAAUGAUUUCUUCUCACCAUUGCUCAUGGCUAAAGCCAGUUUCUUUCUCCUCUUAUAGCCCAUUCUGGGAAAAGAAAGGUCAGCCUUCUUCUUCUUCUUCUUCUUCUUCUUCAUAUUCUUCUGGUUAUAUUGUCUGUUCAUUAGAGAAAGAUCAGUCCCAACAACACUUUGAGGUUGACCAAGAAAAGGCCAGAGAAGCCCUUAAAAAGCUUGACCAACAGCUUCAAUCUCUCUCCCAAAAACAACUUCGUUCUCCUAAAAUCAAAGCCUCAGAUGUGAAGCUUACAAGAAGAGUAGAAUAUGAAGAGAGCGAAGUAGAAGUAGUGAGUGAGUUUUCAGCUUCGUUUCUUGCAUCCACAGCUGGUCUUCUCUUUCUUCUCACCAUUUUCUAUAACAUUUUCUUUAUUACUGUUGUAAAACCAUCCAUUGAUAUACCGGACCAACCUCCAACCACAGCUAUACAAAGAGAUAAUAUGAGCUAGUAUUUUUCUUCUUUUAGUACUUGUUAAAUUAAGUUUGUAAUUAUAUAUUAUUAUUAUUGGAAAAUACUAACAAAAAACACAAGCAAGUUUUGGCUGUA